AUGUUUAAUACUAGGCCUCAAGGGAAUUUGCUUAGCAAUACCGUGGUAAAUCCUAAGGAGCAGUGUCAAGCUAUCACUUUGAGGAGCGAGAAAGAAAACCAGGGUCCUUCUCUAAAGGGGACUCAAGAAAAGAAGCCAGAAGAAGAGGGGAGCUGUGAAAAAGUGGAGCCCCAAGUGGAGAAAAAGGUUACUGAAGGCCUUGCAACCAAAAGAAGAUUCAACCGGUUGGAAGACUUUGAGAUAGUGGCACUUACUGAAGAGUGCAAUGCAAUUCUCCAAAGGAAGCUUCCACAAAAGCUUCAAGAUUCAGGGAGUUUCACUAUCCCUUGUACUAUAGGGAAAUUUGAAUGUAAACAUGCUCUUUGUGAUCUUGGAGCAGGUAUCAAUCUCAUGCCUCUAUCUAUUUUUUGGAAGCUUGGUCUUGGUGAGGCAAAGCCUACUACUAUUACUCUUCAGCUCGUGGAUCAAUCAAUCAAGCACCCAAGGGGAGUUAUUGAAGAUGUGCUAGUCAAGGUAGACAAGUUUAUUUUUCCAACAGAUUUCACUGUUCUAGACAUGGAGGAGGAUGCGAACAUUCCCAUUAUUUUGGGAAGACCAUUUUUAGCCACAGGGAGAACACUAAUUGAUGUACAAAAGGGGGAGUUGAAGCUGCAAGUGCAAAACGAAGAGAGUGGAUGUGGUGUGUAA